AGCGACCAUAGAUUCCGUAUCACUACAGGGCCGUGGUGACUAUGGACAAUGGGUAAAGGAGUUUUACUUACAGUACAGUACAGCCAAUGUUUCCUGGAAAACUGUGCUGGCGUCUGACAGUCAACCUAAGUUAUUUACCGGAAAUACUGACAAAAACACUGUUGUUAGAAGUGACGUCAGUCCCCCCAAUCACAGCUAAGUACUUCCGGAUCAACGCUAGGUCAUGGGUGAGUCGACCGUGUCUGAGAUUCGACCUAGGUGGAUGCAAACAUCUACCAGAAGUGGGCGCGACGAUACAAAGUCGGUACGCCCUUGCCUCGAUACCAUCCAUCUCGAACCUGGGCCAGCUUAUCAACCUCCAGCCACCUGGGACCUCCCUACAGCACUGUGGUAUCGCCUGUCACAGAGAGAAUGGAUGUGUGUCGUUCAUAUUUGAUAGUGUUACUCAAACCUGUCGGGGUUACCCCUCUAUUAGGAAAACAUCGUAUUCCAGGGACGAAAAACCCUACUACUACAAUGCAGUGUAUGACCGUAGUCAAGGAUACAAGCAUACCGAGUCUGGAAACUUCUCUUACAAAGUAAUUGAAAUGAGACAGAAUAAGGCCAAUGCCUCUGCUUUGUGUGUGUCCCAGGGAUCCUGGCUGGCCAAUGUCAGAACAUUGGACCGCCAAACCGUCCUACAGACUGCGAUACAGCAGAAUAACCUAUUAAAGCAAGACUUUCGGUUCUACGUGUCAGGACAAUACACGACACAAUGGCAGCACAGUGAUGGUGCCGUCAUCGAUAUCACACUGUGGUCACCUUCGAACCCAGACCCAGCACAAGGUCACUGCGUCAUGCUGACACAAAACGGUCUUUCUAGUGUUGACUGCAGUACAAUGUUAUUUUUGAUAUGUGAACAAUGAAAAAAAAACAAAAAACAAAAAAAACCCAAUGAUAUGAGUAAAGUAAAGAGGUUUACCUGUAAUACCUGUGAUUUACCCGUGUUACCAACAGACACUUGUAUUACAUAUAUAGCAUGUCCAAGCUUUUGUAAUAAAAUAAAUGUCUGGACAUAGACAUAACCUCUCACAUUGGUACAGACGAAGAGUGGAUUUGUGAUUAAUGCCUAGAUAACAUUUCAGCACAAUGUGAAUUCUACAAAUCAACUGACUAUAUAUAUAUAUAUAUAUAUAUAUGUCUUUCAAACUAUUCUAAAUGGUUUUAAAAAUGAUCAUAUCAAUAUUCAAGGAGAGAUCAUCUAAAGAUACUCCGAAAGCAAACUUUUGACGUUUUCUUUCAACUGAGAGUAAACUUAUGACGUCGCAUGUGUUCCCAACGAUCUUGAAUCGGUCGUCCUUAAACUCCAAUUGAAAUGCAGCUCACCUGUUUCUGUUUACGACCCCCUAAUCAGUCUGUGCAAUGGAUCGAGCUUUCCCUCAAGUUCGUUGCAAACCUCAAGCAUUCAGGAUGCUCAUUUAUUGCGAUGGGGGACUUCAGUGUGGAUCAUUUGAAAUCCAAUCGACUUAACACGAUGGAGCUCUUUGGUCGCCAACAACAAAUCACCUCACCGAAACGUGAAACACAGAGCUCUUGUACUCUAACAAAUCACAUGUAUACACGCUUUCCUUGUAAAAGUGUUUGUGUCUUACAUCUGGGUAUUAGCGAUCAUCCUCUCAUCUCUGUUGUCCGUAAGUUGCGUAUGAAUAACACAACGAUUGGACAAGCGUCCAUUAAAUUCCAAAAUUUCAAAAAACCUGAAACCAGAAACUACUUUAGAUACUCCAAAUGCCAUGUGUUUCAACUAGCUACUAGCUAAAUAUGUGCAACAAAUCUGUGAUAUUACCUGUGUUUAUUUUUUAUUUGCUUGUAUCCUGUUUCAGGGCCAUUAUAUUGUAGAAUUAGAUGUUAAUCUAAUAUGUCACCCUAUAUAAAUGAAAGAUUGAAUGUAGAAAUGUAUUAUUAUUUUUAUUAUCAUCUUUGCACUAAUAUCCAACUAUUACACUCUCUAUGAAGUGGAAUGUUA